CCACACUUACACUGUCCGCAAUACGCCUCUGCCGCCAGACUAAACAAAAUACUCGUGUGCUUAUGUGUGCGUACCACAAUAUGCGCACCACAUUCCCGAAUAUACGCAGUAUCCAAAACCGGCCGCAUUCGUAUGAUGAUACUACGUCAUACCAACCAGCCACUCUGUCCAUGGGUAAAAUGUGAAAACAGCCACAAAUCAACAAAGCAGGAAGCGCAAAUGGCGUAGUUCCGACAUCAUCGCUCCGUUUGAUCGCCCUUGCAUUAUAAACUUAAAAGUUGCGACUAGCCAUCGUCCGUCCGACCAAACCACGCAACAACAAACACUACCACACCACAACACAAUCCAUCUACACAAAGAACUACAGACAGAAUUUCCAGAACGAACAGAUCAGCCACAGCCUUGACAAUGUCUGCCAUCGUCAAGUCCCUCUCCGACCUCGUCUACUCUCUUUUCGAGGUCGUUGCCUCGUUCUUCACCACCGCAGGCCACCUUGCGCAGAAUACCUUCGAAUUCGCCCUCAAAUUCCUCAACGGUGCGCUCGCUCUCGUGGUUGAUUUCUUCAAAGGCUUGGUGGAACUUGCUGGUGGUAUCGUGGGGUUCGUUCUUGGCAACCUCGCAAUCCUUGCUGUUUUGGCGAUCGGAUCCUUUGCUUUCUUGCAGUACCAGCGCAAACAGGGUAAUACGGUCAAGGUCGGAAACAAGAAGCUGAACUGAGGACGUUGUUUGAGAGGAAACCAGCCACAAUGUUGGAGUGAGACAUGAUAAGUUACUUCAUCAUGUUGGACCGGCGUAUGGAGUGGUUGAAACUCCAGUGGACUUGAUUGCGGGAUACCCUCGGUGUUCAGGCGGGUCAAAUGGACGGAUAUGGGUAAUGGUUAUUUCGAACAUGUGGCGGAUUUUUGUAUUACAUACAGCAAGCGUAUACAAUUCAUUCAGCUGGAUCAGCAGAUUUAUUCAUCGUAGUGAUCUGGUUCAUGAAUCGUUUGUCGCGAAAGCGCGCGUUCUCGGGGGUGUGCACAGCGCACAGCGCACAGCCACCAACGUCCCAAGUCCGAAGCUGCGCGUAGCCUGCGUUUCAGCACUAUCCACAAACAAUCGAUGGUUUUUUGAAACUUGGAUAUUUUUCC